GGUGUGGGCAAGUUUGGAGGUUAUUUUUCCUCUUUCGAUUGUUCUUCCCUCCCCCCCUUCUUUUUUUAGUGGACCUCGGGCAUUAUGUGCUGUGUAUGUGCGCGUGUCCUGCCUGGUAUCAGGCUGUAGUUCACAGGCAGAGGUGUUCCACAUUCUGACCACACCCCCCCCCCCAGAGCACUGUUACCUAGUGAAAAGCUACCACUUGCAGAGCAAUAGAUAACCCAUGACUUGGUCUGACUUCUGUCAGGCGUGGAAGUGAGACUCCUUCUGUGAUUCUUACUAAGUGUGGCUUCUUUUCCUUUUGUCUGCCUAAAAUAAAACUCCUUCUGUUUCUCCACAAUGAUAGAUACCCAGCCAGCUAGCAUUUUACUUAAGGAAAGCUUGAUAUUUGAGGUUGUAUGGAUUUCAUACAAAAAUGCAAAUUGCAUUUAAUGGUUGUUUAACUUUAUUGAUGAAUUGAAAUUGCGUAUUGACUCGGAUAUUUUCAUAGACCUGUGUACCUGGAAUUGUUACUUCUAUUAUAGCUUCCCCUUAUUUUUAGAGCAUGUUGGAUGGAAGAAAUCAUUCAAUGAGUCUUUUUUCCUAGAACAUUUUAGGAUUUAAAAAGAUCUCUUUGCCCCGUAAUUUGGUAUCUUUAAGGUAUAUUGUCGACUUUACAUUUCUAAGCUUUCAAAAGCCUUAUGUAAUACAAAUCCUGAAAGUUUUCUACUUUCUCCCCUCCUGUCCCAAACCUACAUAAAUUUCCUAAUCUAAUCACCUUGUGGGCUACUUUAUUAUUCCUGAGGGAAUGGAGGCUUUGAUAUUUUUCAAAGUUACAUUUUAUUGGAAACUAAUAAGACUUUCAGGGCAAAUAAUUGAAUUAAUUUUAAAUUGCGAAGGUAAUGUAUUUUUCACUAUUAAAUAUUUAGUUUCAAAAGUAGAUGUUUAUUUUAAUUUGUAAGUCUGAAAUAAUCACAUUUUAUUUCCUCUGAAAGAUUGUAUAAGGAAAUUUGUAUACUCCCACCCCAGCUAUUUUCCUCAGCAAAUCAUUUUAGAGAAACGAAAUACUACUAUUUUAGAGAAAUGAAAUUUUAAUUUAUAUGGAUUUUAAAAUUUCAAAGUCAGAGCACUCAAAAUUAACCAUGAGGUUUCAAAAAAAGUGCUGAUCCAUUCAUUCUUACCUGAGAUAUUCCCCAAGGGUUCACAGCUCUCACUAUCCAGGUUCGGAACAGUAGUUAUGAAUAAUGAGAGGUCAUUUAUAUCUGAAUACAGUUAGCAAUAUUGUCAGACACGUAACACCCCGUUUUUCCCCCCAUACACCUGGUAACUUGUAAACAAUAGAUGAAUAGGUGAGACUGGGUUGGAGGCAGCCAAUUGUCCCCAAAGCAGAUACUCUGCUGCUUAUACAAUGGAGUCACAUUUAAGUCCUUGUAACUUAUGCUAAUGCCAUCUGCUUUGCAAAACAAACAGCAGUGGAGUCUCCUUCCCACUCCCUUCAGGUAUGGGUCUGUCCCAGAGUCCUCGCUGUCCUGGCUGAUUUUAGAGAUAAUGCUUCUGGCUCUUUUGAGACACUUGCAGAGAUAACUAUUGACUAAAGCUGAAAGUUAAAAACCGUAGGCCUCUAUCUUUUCCCACCUUCACUUACUAUGCCAGGCUUCUUGGUUCUGAUUCUUUCCCAGAAUGUGGUUUGUUUUUGAACAGCUUCUCGGUUAAAUUUUAUUUGUCGCGUGGUAUCCUGCAGUCAGACACAUUUGGACUGGGCUUUGGGUUCUGAUCCCAGCUCUUCCACGGGGUGGGUUUCUUAAUCAUUGGUUUCUUUAUCUGUAAAAUGGAAAUAUAACUUUUUCUGAUAUAAGGAUUAGAUAAGAUAGCCUAUGUGCUUGGCUCUUAGUAGGUCCUCAUUAUCUAUUAUCUAUUAACCCACCUUAACCUUUUUUUAUUAAAACCAUUUAAAUACCACCUCUCUUAUUGGCUUGUUUGCUUUUUUUUCUGACUAAAAGUUAUACGUGCUCAUUUUCAUCCCACUCAGACCUAUUUUUCACGCUCAGGAGGUAACUAACCACUGUUAACAUUUUUUGUUGUGUUUUCUCUCCUUGUGUGAUUGCGUGUACAUGGAACUUAAUCUUAGGAUCUUCCAUUUAACAGCUUUGUGUAGUUUUGUGUUGGCUAAGCAUUUGCGCUCUGACGUCAAACUGGCCUCGAAUCUCAUGUGACUGGGACGAAUUGCUUAAUUUCAUUAAGUCUCAGUUUCUUCAUCUGUGAAAAGGGGUGAUAAUAAUACCUUUUCCAUAGGGUUGCUGUGGCCAUUAAAUGAGGAAUCGCACAUAGUUUCUAGAAUGGUGCCUGGUGCAUGACUUUUAUAUAAUAUUUUCCUUUAAAGAUUUUUACUAUUCUGGAUGUGAGAUUUUUUUCAAUGUGAGUAAGUUCUUGGCUCUGCAGAUAUUACUAAUACUAGUAAGUAUUUGAGUACAGAUAGAAUAGUAUAAUUACCUUCAUGGGGCAAAUAACUGUUUUUGUGCCAGUAAAAAGUUGGCAGUGUGUUCCUAGAAGUCUCAGCAGCUCGAUGGUGGUCUAGCUGUUGAAUUCUGUGAGUUGGCAGAUGUAAAGGAUUGGUAAGUGCACCAGCGGGCAAAGUGGGUUUACUUCUAGUUGCUCCUUUGAGGCUCUUGCAGUUCUCGGCCUGCUUGGGUGUGUCCUGCAUAGCUUUGAGGAAGCCCUAGUCUGUGAUUUUGGUGGGCUUACCUUGGGAGGGUGGGAUGUGUACCUGAGGCAUGAUGGGAGUUGCCAGAACCAGUGUCGUCUCAUUCACUUUACCGGAUUAGCUUCCUCUUGGUCGCUGUGGCCUUGUAAUACAAAGACACAUUCUCUGCCCUUGAGGAGUUUUUAGUCUAGUGGAAAAAAAAAAAAAGGCUGACAUUCACCACAUUGAAUGAUAAGGGAUAGAUUAGCCUGGAGGAAGAAAACCUAUUUAUUCUGGCCUAGGGGUAAGCCUUAAAGAGAAGAAGGACUUUCCAGGAUUUCUAGGGUUUCUGCCCUAAGCGAAUGGGAGGAGUUAGAAAGGCAUUCCAAGAGGUGGGACCUGCUCCUAUGAAUAAAUGCCUGAGGACAAAAGAGUAUUCUGUGUUGCAAAUUGUAGGAGUAGUAGGAAUAGGAAUAAAUAGUGGGAGGGGGAGAGGUCUUCCUGGCCCGGUCCUAAGGAGUUUACGUGGUGGCCUCUGGAUUUUGGAUUCCUUUUACGUUCCUACGCAGACCCUGAAGGCCUUUGGCCAAGUAAAUUAUUUACGUUUUAGAGGAUCCGAGUUGUACAGAGUGGAGUGAAGGAGGGCAAGACUGGAACAGGCCAGUGAGGCAGCUGCACAGAAGAGAUGGAAGGUUGGAACUGAGGCCUUGGCAUUGACAGUGGAAAUGGAGAGAAGUCAGUGGAGAGACUGCUCACCGAGGUAAAGUGGUCCGCAUAGGCUGGCCCGACGUAGAUUGGGGGAUCAUCCGCACGGGGAUGACAGCUGAGGCUGUAGAAGCAGAAACAUUUGGCUUAGUCUGGUUCUUAAUCUUCUGGGGGAAUCUGAUGAACUCUGUGGAUUCUUCUCCAGAAGAAUGUAUUUAUGCAUGUUUACAGUUCGUGCAUGUGGCUUGAAACUUGGGAUCAUAACCUGUAGUCUGGGGGGAGAUGUAGAGUGGAAGGUAAAAUGAAAGGCUGUAGAAAUGUUUCGUUUAAUUCAUUUUUUUUGUGUUUGUGACUUUAUCACUGCCAUUUCAUAGAUGAGGAAAUAGAUUUACUUGCUCAAGUUCAGUCAGGCAUCUUUAUUUUAACAGUUUAAUGGGCUGCUAACAUUUUGUGGGAAAACCUGGAUUUUGACCUUUUGAAAAGUCGCUAAGAUUUAGAAACCUUGGGUCUGCGGUUUUUUUUCCCCUUUUUCUUUUCUUUUUUAAAAAAUCACAACAACUUGCUGGAGCUGGUUUGAGUGAGCCCCUUUUAGAUGAGCAAAGUUUGCCAGUCUGUCCCUGGCCCGCCCUUGUGGCGCAUUUAGGCAUUUCAUCUUGCAUCCCUACAAACUAAGAAGAAGAAAAUCUUGGGGAAUAUUGACAUUUAAGUGUGGGAGCAAGAAAAAGGAAGCCACUGAGCUGCCAGAAAGGAGAGAUUUUCAAGAGAAAGUGGUCAACAGUGUCAGAUGCUGCAGAGGUUAAGUAAGAUAAGGAUGGAAAAGUGUAUGUGAAAUUUAGCAACAAAGACAUCCUUAGUUUCAGAUUCUUAGAACAAAAGAACUUUGAGGACUAUAGUUAUAACUUAGUUUUUCUAAUGGUCCUACAGUAUAGGGUUUCUGUAACGAUCGAGAGUGACUGUGGCGUGGACAGGAACUCAGCAUUUGUUGUAAAGGAUUGUUAUAUGGAGCUCAUCAGUGCUGUAACCAGAUCAAGCACUGCUCAUUAGUAUUUUCCACCACAAGAAUAUCAGUAUAUAGAUGCUGUAUAGAAGGUAAAAAAUAUUUUUAACGUUGGAUUCUUAAUAUAGAUUAAAGGAAACAAUUCUUAGCGGAUUCUAUUACCCUGGCCCCAAGAAGGUGGGAGGGCCUGACUUAAUGGAGAAUAACCCUGUACCAUUCAGAAAAGCACGAGCAGCUGCAGAGUGCGUUUUAGCCCUGCAGCUUCUAGAUUAAAAUGAUAAUACCAAUAAACUACUACUUACUGCUUCUAAUAGUAGUUAAGAUGAAGUGAUUACUACGUGCUGGGUACCGUGCUAAGUAUGGUUCAUGAAAUACCUAAUUUAAUUCUCCCAAACAACUCAGUGAGGUACAUGCUGUUAUAGUCCUCUCCUUACAUACGAGAAAACUGGAACCUAAAUAAUUUGCCCAAGGUCACACACCUAGUAAUUAGCAGAACCAGAUUGGAGCACCAUCUCUGAUACCCGCUAGAGCCGAAGAGUGCUCUCAACUGCUACGUAAACUAUGCUUAAAUGAAUCAGCUAAGGAACUCAACUAGUGUAAAGGCCAUUUUUUAUUUAAAUUCAUUAUGCAGACUUAUUUGUACAGUGCUGUUUGAGCAUAGAUAUUCAGUAAGCACUUACUUGGUUUAAUUUUGAACUUUAUGAUGAGGAGUAUUUAUGUUUUGAGAUGAUAGACAAUUUUUCCCCCUGAUCUUUUUCUUCAGAUCACAUCAUUGGGCAGAUUUUCAUCAUUUCCGAGUCCAGUUUUACCACUUUUCACAUUUAUAUGUGGGAUGUUAGUUUUUUGUUUUUGUUUUUUAGUGAGUACACUCAACUGUUUAGUAUCUCAUUACCUUUUUUAGCUCCAUGAAGUUGAGUUAAAACUUACUUCAACAAAAGCUUAAAAUGGGGAGAAAAGUUUUUUAAAACCUGAAAGUAUAUGACUCUGGGAUAAGUAAAUUUUUUUUCAUUGUAUUAAAUAUAUUAGAAAGCUAACAUUCUGGGAAUUUAGGUGCUGAUUUAAAAAAAUUGUAAGGUAUGUUGUUGGUCUAGCUCUUAAAAGGGGGUAGAAUAUAAAAUUACAGAUAGCAAUUAGGGGAAAAUGCUGUGGCAGUGGAAUGAACACGCUUCUGAAACACGAGACUCGAAAGAACAGUAAUGACAUACAGAGUUUCCACAUGGAUGUGGUACAUGGCAGUCCCAAAGAGAAUAAUGUUCAUAUUUUGGUCAGAUUGGUUUAUGUGUUGCUGUGGGGAGACUGAAAGGGCCAUAGGUUGCUUUUGUCAAAAGCUUGUCUUUUUCUCCCUGCUAAUGUCUUAUUCCUCUAUAUUUGUAAAGAAGAAACUAUGGAAAGAAAACAUUUUAUUUUCUAAUUAAACUCAGCAUAGAAUAUCAAGGAAGGGUUUUUUUUUUUUUUAAAGAUUUUAUUCACUCAUUUGAGAGAGAGAGAGAGAGCAUAAGCAGGAGAGGGAGAAGCAGGCUUCCCGCUGAGCAGGGAGCCCAACGCGGGGCUCGAUCCCAGGACCCCGGGACCAUGACCUGAGCCGAAAGCAGACGCUUAACCGACUGAGCCACCCAGGAGCCCCUAAGAGGGUGUUUUUAAGAUUUUACACUUAACCGUUAUUUUGCUCUUGAAUUCCAGUAUAUGGAUAUGUUUGCCAUGAAAAUAUUGGUUCUGUGAGACUGUUCUCAGUAAUGAUUACUUUUGACUUUGGGUAAUAAAUAAGGGUGUAUAUUCUACUGCCGCUCUAAGAAGUGCUUAAUUACUUGCAUUCUCUUCUUUACGGAAGCAUAGAUCCACUUGUAUUCCAAACAAGUUAUUUCCACAGCUGAAGGUAAUAUCUACAGUUGCUGUUAAUAAAUUGAGUAUGGUUGGGAUUUUUUUCUUCUUUUUUGAAGUGAUACUGAUCAUGUGUUAAAAAGUAGAGCUUAGGGUAUAGCUUUUCUUCUUCAUGGAUUAGACCAUGCAGUAGUGUUUAAAUAUUAGGGUCUGUAAGAAUUUGAUUAAGAUCAUGUGGACUUUAUAUAUCUUUUUAUUUUAUUUAUUUAUUAAAAGAUUUUAUUUAUUUAUUUGAGAGGGAGAGAGAGCAAGCGAAAGCACAAGAGCAGGGGGAGGGAGAAUUGGAAUCCCUGCUGAGCAGGGAUCCAGAUUUGGCGAUUCAGGGCUCCAUUCGGUGAUUUGGGGCUCCAUCCCAGGAUGCUGGGAUCAUGACCUGAGUCUAAAGGAGCCGCUUAACUGACUGAGCCACCCAGGUGCCCCAAUAUAUCUUUUUUUUUUUUUUUAAGAUUUUAUUUAUCUGAGAAAAGAGCAUGAACAGGGGGAGGGGCAGGGGGAGAGGAGGAAGCAGACUCCCCACUGAGUGGGUAGCCCAACAUAGGACUCGAUCCCAGGACCCUGAGAUCAUGACCUGAGAUGAAAGCAGACACUUAACAAACUGAGCCACCCAGAUGCCCCUCCUCUAUAUCUUACAACAAAUGUUAAGGAGUGAAGGCUAUGUGAACUUCACCUUUGGAGUUGGGGUAAAGAACUUCAAUUGUAGACGGCUGCAUGUAAAAAAUGAAAAAAAAGUAGGCUUUUUUCCCUGAGAUCUGCCUUAGUGCUUUUGUUAUGAUUUCUUUAGUUAAAAAGAAAAACCUGUAAAUGUAGAGAAGACUGGAUGAAUAGUUGUUUCCAGUUAAUAGACGAAGUGAUUUUGAUAUAAUUAAUACUCAUUUAGUAGGAAGUUCGAUUUUUGAAGCAGAGGGCCAUUUUCCUCCAGCAUUUGUUACUUUUUAUGGUAUACAAAGUGAGUCUGAAUACAUUAGAGGAUUGGAAAUACUAAGUAUGAAGAUUAAGUUGAGCCUUUUUUUUUUUUAGAGAGAGAACUUUUUUUUUUUUUUAAGAGAGAGUGAGAGAGAACACAGGGAGGGGGGCAGAGGGAAAAGGAGAGAGAAUCUUAAGCAGGCUCCACGCCUAGCACAGAGCCCUGUGCGGGGCUUGAUCUCACAACUCUGAGAUCAUGACCUGAGCUGAAAUCAAGAGUCAGUCACUAAACUGACUGAGCCACCCAGGCACCCCUAAAUUGAGCAUUUAAAAGAGGGAUUUGAAAAUGAAGUGUUGAUUGUUCAAAAGGAAGAUGGAAAGAAUGAUAUAGAGUUGGCUUUUAGUAGGAUUUUAAAAUACUAAAAGUCAAAGAAAUGGGAAGAAAAAAUCACAGGUAGAUAGAAAAAAAUUAAGGUUCAAUAGAAGUUGUUUAUAAAAUGUUGAAAUUAAACCCCUUUUUAUAAUGUCAUAGAGGUGAUUAGUGAGAGUUUUGGCUCCUUGUGGCAAAUACUGAAGGAGGGCAGUUGGGUAGAUUAAUGAAUUCUUCGAGUUAGAAAGUUGAAUAGGCAGAUUUUAAUGCAUUCUUUUAUUUAAGAUUUUAUUUAUUUAUUAGAGAGAGAGAGCGCGCGCGUGCGCGCGCGAGCAUGGGGAGGGGGCGGGCGGAGGGAUAAGCAGACUUGCUGAGCAGGAAGCCGGCUGGAUGCCCUGGGAUCAGGACCUGAGCUAAAGGCAGUUGCUUAACCAACUGAGUCACCCAGGCACCCCUGCAUUCUUGCGUAUUUUUUAAACAUUAUUUGCUGAAUAGACAUUGGGUGCCACAUUAUAUGACAUCUAUUUGAUGUUCAUGAGAUAUUCUGGAAUAUUCAAAAACUUUCACGUUUCUAAAUUACACUUUCUCUUGCUGUAUGACUGUGGCUAUUAGAAAUUAUUGUAUAGACUAUUUGAAGUCCUGAUUUAGUGAUUUUUAAAAGAAUUAUUUAAUGAUCCCUGGGUGAAUCUAGUAACCUUUGUUUCAGGUAGACCACCAGGAAUUAAGAGUUAUUGUCACAGAAGCUGUUGAUGUAAGUGGCUGUAUUUGUUGAGCACCUAUUAACUUCUGGGCACUGUGCUAGGUCCUGGGAUGUAUAAUGAUGAACAGAAAAUUGUUCGUCUCUUUGGGAACUUUAUUUUUUAGGUGGGAAGACAACAGAAGAAUAAGCAGUUACAGAAUGUGAUGACUGCCAAAACAGGGAAAUGCAUGGAGCACGUAACUAACUCAGCCUUUGGUAAUCUGCAUGUGGCGUGACUAAGCUGAGUCCUGAAGCAUUGGCCUCCAGCUGGCCGGAGAUGGGGGCACACAGAGAGGGAAGAUGUCUACUGCUCUGGGCAAAGGGAGCAGCCUUUUAGAUCUGAGGAGACUAGAGGAGCCUGGGUGCUCAGAGCUGUGGGUGAGGUCCUCUAGUUGUGCACUUCCUUUUGAACCCAUCUCAUCUUAGAGACUGUAUCUUCUAAAGGUGAAAAUUGUCUUUUUUUUUUAAUUUAAGUUUUUAUUUUAAUUCCAGUUAACACACAGUGUUAUAUUAGUUAAAAAUUGCAUCUUUUGCUGUUAUAUUUUCCACAGCUUCUGAGAAAAUGAUGGGCUUUUCACAAGUGUUUAAUAAAUACUUGCCAUUAAAGCUAGAGUCAUGUGGAUUUCACAUAGUGAAAUGAAUUGAGUCAAGUUUAUUAACUUUUUUAAUAGCAUAUUGAUUCUUUAAAAAUAGAUUACAAAAGUAAUGUGUUUAUUAUAAAAAAUUAGAUAAUACAUUUAUGAUCUUGGUUUUAUUUUGGUAUAUUUUACUAUGCAGAUUUUUUUUUUUUUUUUAAGAUUUUAUUUAUUUAUUUGAGACAGAGAGAAUGAGAGAGAGAGAGCACAUGAGAGGGGCGAGGGUCAGAGGGAGAAGCAGGCUCCCUGCCGAGCAGGGAGCCCGAUGCGGGACUCGAUCCAGGGACUCCAGGAUCAUGACCUGAGCCGAAAGAAGUCGCUUAACCAACUGAGCCACCCAGGCGCCCCACUAUGCAGAAUUUUAAAAUAGAUUUCUGGUUAAUGAUGGUGGAAUACUGACAUCUUUGUUCUCUCUAAACCAACUAGAAAUAAUAAGGAGCAUGAGAAACAGAAAAGCAGCUCAUUCUUUGAUAACUAACAAAAUCUUGUAACCAGAAUUUGUGAAUUAGUGCCGGUAAGUGCAGUGAAAAUUGAACCAAAGCAGAAGGAUGACAGGAGAGCAUGAACUCAGGCAAAGUGAGGGCACAGCCUUCUGCCAAGUGGCUGACCCACCAUGGGAACAAAACCAAUAAGCCGCGUAUGUGGAAUGACAAAGUUGGUAUGUACAUUGGGCUCCCUGAGUGGCAAGAGGUGAGGCUGAAUUACGGACUGUGCAUACUAUUUUUUUCAAGAAGUUUAGAGUGGAGGAGAAACUGGCAGCAAGCAGCCUUACAGCUGCCGAUCUUGGUCAACUGAAGAGGAAUAAAGCCUACAUUAUCAUCCCCUGAAAAUCUAUGGCAUGUGGGCCUCUGUGAGUUGGGGAGGCGAGUUCAGCAUUGAGUUGAGCUUCAAGGGAAGAGUGUUGGUGAUAAUCAUUUUCAGAAACAGCACAGCAAGUGAAAAUUAUGAACAGAGAUCCCUAUGGUGGGAGGUGGCAUGUGAAGUUGAGGAUGAGAUAUAGCUCCUCUGAGGCAGGAGUCUAAAGAUGAGACACAAAAGCUCAAGAAAUCAAUGAGAAGACAACAGGAAGAGAUAAGAGUGAACUGAUGGAACCAGGUUACAAAAUAAAAGAUUCUUGUCAUUAUUAGAAAUGAAGGUCACUUUCAAAGCAGCAGAUACACACUCUAGCUGGGAAUACUGGAGGUAAGCUUGAGAGAUAUGAGCAAUCCAAAAUGGAAAAGAGUAAAAAUUAAGAAAGACUAGAGAAUAAUAGAUAUGAAACAUAGUGAAUUUAGCAUACCAGUAAUUGAUAUCCCUGACAUAUAGAAUCCUUGAAGCAGAAAGAAUUUGUCAAGACGUUAGGAGUUUCCCACAAUAAAAGACCUGACAUUUUAGAAUGGUUUCUAGUCUUUAAAUGUAAAGACUAUUAUUGGGUCAAAAUGGAAAAAAAAAAAAAAAGUCCAGCCCCCUAUAAAAUAAGAGGCUGGCCUUACAAGCUUUUCCAUUCUGUAACACGUGAAAAAACGCAGUCACUAGAUAAAAAAAUAUGACCCAAGAAUUUUACAUCCAGGCAAGCUAUAGUUUAAUAUCAAUUGACACAUGUUUCCAAACAGAAAAACUUCGGCUUAGUUCUCAUUAACUUAGCCGUGCAGGUCAGGGGAGGGUGGGGGACAGGGCCGGAGAAGGGAGGAAACUUUUGAAUCAAGAGAUGAGUUUAAAACUGAGUUAAAAGGAUUAGUGAUUAGCAUUAAAUAAAUUUAAAUGUAUAACUAAUAUUAAUGCUAAUAUUAAUAUUGUGGCAAUGUAGAAAUAUAAGGGAAAAAUUAAGAGUUGGGGAUUGGGUAGAUGGUUACAAAAAUGAAAAUUUUUCUCAUCAUUCAUAACAUGAGAUCAAUCACAAUAAUGCUAAGUACAGCUGACCCUUGAACAACAUGGUUUGAACUGUGCAGGUCCAAACUAGAUUUUUUUUCUAUAAAUACAGUACUGUAAAUGUAUUUUCCUUAUGAUUUUCUUAAUAUUUUCUUUAGCUUACUUUAUUAUAAGAAUAUAGUAUGUAAGACGUAUACAUGAGAAAUAUGUAUUAAUGAACUCUUUAUAUUAUCAGUAAAGCUUCUGGUCAACAGCAGGCUCUUAGUAGGUAAGUAAGGUCAAAAGUUAUACUUGGAUUUUUGACCAAGUAGGGUGUUGGUGCCCCUAAUUCCUGCAUUAUUCAAGGGUCAACUAUAUACUAAUUUUCUUAAUGUGGAGUAAAGAGAUGUUAUCUAAAGGACAUAGACUAUAAAUCUUCCAAGAAAACAGACUAUAUAGUGAAAUAUGUAAUAAAAAUUAAAAGUAUUAAAAAAGAUAAAAUUAUGACAAACUAUUUGUCAUAAACAAAUACAAAAUUAUAAAUUGGAUAAACUAAUUUAUUAGAAAAUGACAGAUUGGAGCAAAAAAGUUAAAUCCAUUAAGAGAGGCAUCUGAAAAGGGACCAGCAAGUAAUAUUUUAGUAAGUUUAUUGUAUAUUUACUUAUUUAGUGAAUUUUUUAGGUGUGGUGACCAUAUAAUCUCUUUUGCAAGUACUCAGUUCUACUGACAACGAUGUGAAAGCAGCCAUAGAUAACAUGUAAAUGAAUGAACAGGACAGUGUUCCAGUAAAACUAUUUACAAAAACUAGUAGUGGGCCACAUUUGUCCUGAAAGCCAGUUUGCUGACCCAUGAUCAGAAGACUUUUAAAGUAAAAGGUUAAUAGCAUGAUAAUGGAAUAACAACAUACCUUGGAAACAUUCUUUUUCAAGCAUACCUAUUAGACCCCAAAGAAAAUAUCUGUCAAAUCCAAAAAGCAGAGAUAUAUGCAGAUUAUGCUUUUUUUUUUUAUGCUCUUUAUUCUUAACAAGAACUAAAGCAAAAGAAAGUAUAAAACUUUGCCGUCUGAGAAAAUGAAGUAACCCUUGGGCCAAAGGAAAAACUGAAAACUCAAAUCCAAAUCAACUAGAAAGUACUGAUAAUCAAAAUUCUAUGUUGUACCUCUGGGAUAUGACUAAAGCAGUACUCUUGAGGAAAAGUCAUAAAUAAAAAUAAAGUACUAAGCAAGAAAAGAUUGAGAUAGUAAGAUAGUUCAGCCCAAGAAGUUACCAAAAAAAAACCCCCACAAAAAACAAAGAAAGUAGAAAGAAGAUACUAGCAAAUAUAAAAGCAGAAAUUGAUGAAUUUAGAAAACAUACAUGGAGGUACUAAUAAAUCCAAGAGAUCUGGCUUUUUUAUUUAUUUGUAUUUUUGAAGAUGUUGAUAACAAUAUUAAGCAGGUAAACUCCUGUUGAGCCUAAUCAUGAACAAAGGGAGAACUUGCAAAUGUCACCUGUGUAUGAAUGCACACAGAAUAUGAGAUUGAAUCCCAGGUAUUCAGGAAAUUAAAUGUAAGUGGACAUAUUGCUAAAUUGUGUGCAGGUAAAUUUCAAAACCUGAUGUGCACAAAAAAGCACUGUGAGGCCCAGGCAACCUUCUAAGGAACAUUAUAACUGCAGUGCUUUUUAACUUGUUUCAGAAUAUAGAAAAAGGGAAAGGUUUUCUAAGUUAUUUUUGGAACUAUUAUUUUGAUACCAAAUUCUGAAAAAAUAUUUUAAAAAACCCCUAAGCUCUAGACCAUUUUCAAAUUACAAAAAUCCUAAAAAUUAGCAAAUGUAAUUUAGCAAAGAGUAAUACACGAUGACCAAGUUCUCAGUAUGAAGUAUCAGGAAAUACUAAAUACAUCAGUAUUGGGAAAUACUAAAUGCCAUGUUUUUAACAGUACAAAAGAGAAACAUGAUUUUCUCUCAAGCUGUAAAAGAAUUUGGUAAAAUUAACCAUCAUUCUGAGUUUUUUUUUUUUUUAAGAAACAACUCUUAAUAAAACAGGAAUUACUUGAUACUUACUUAACAUAACAGGAAAUAAAUUUUAUGGUAAAAGCUUCUGUUAUUUCUACCAUUGACUGUAAGCAAUGGUAGGAAUAACAGUGGUCCCCAUUAUUAUUAACAUUAUUCCAGCAGUUCUGGCCAAUUCAAAUGGGGGGAAAAAAAGAUGUAUAAAAAUUGGAAAGAAAGGGGAAAUCAUCAGUCUAGAUACAUCACAUGUGAUUGUAGAUCUAGAAUAGGUCUUAAAAGUGAAGGUUGUCCUUCAUAUCCCUCCCAUCCCUGCCCCCAGUCUUUCUAUGAUUUAUAAAAUAUUCUCAUAAGAUAGAUAUAUUGGCUACUUUUUUCACUUAUAUCCAGUGUAUUUUUUUCCCCAAAGUUCAUACAGUUUUACUUGAACUAAUUUACGAAAUAUUUAAUACUGACCAGGUGGAUGAGCAAGCCAAAGAGAGUAUAAAAAUGAAACAGCAUGGGGCAUCUGGGUGGCUCAGUCGGUUAAGUGUCCGACUCUUGAUUUUGGCUCAGGUCACGAUCUCAGGGUUGUGAGAUCCGGGUCCCACGUCAGGCUCUGUGCUGGGCAUGGAGCCCCCCCCCCUUAAGAUUCUCUCUCUCCCUCCCCUUCUCUCCCUCUCUAUUAAAAAAAAAAAAAGCAUGGGUUUGCUUUGAAAUAUUUCCUGUCUUUGAGCAUCUAGACCUUUAGGGCAGUUAAAUUUUUAAUACAACUUUUUCUCCUUGUAUCCUAAUAAAGUAAAAAGGGAAAGCUCUUAUUUUUGUUUUUUGUUUUGUUUUUUAAGAUUUUAUUUAUUUAUUUGUCAGAGAGCACAAGCGAGGGGAGCGGCAGGCAAACGGGUAAGCAGUCUCCCUGCUUAGCAAGGAGCCCAAUGCAGGACUCGAUUCCAGGACCCUAGGAUCAUGACCUGAGCCGAAGGCAGACGCUUAACUGACUGAACCACCCAGCCGUCCCGAAAGCUCUUAUUUUUGAUUUACAUUGAUAUCUAAUUAGGUUUACUCAGCAAUGAAUGUGAUUUUUAUUAACUAAGCUAAUACUUCAGUUGUUUUUUCUGCUACAGUGAAAUACUCAAGGGCAAUAGAAAUUCUCUAUCACCAACAGGUAGAAUGUAAGUAAUAAGAAGCAUUGACAUUUUUUAAUAACCUCAUUUGUUCAGUGCUUAACAUGCACUAAGCAAGGUAGUUGGUGUGUUGCAUGCUUUGUAUCCUUAGAGCAACCUGAUGAUAACAUAGCUACUAUUAUUAGCCCUAUUUUACAGAUGAUAAAACUGAGGCUGUAUUAUUUAUUCAAGGUAACACUAAGUGGCAGAUUUUGGCAAACGUGUCUUCUGACUCCUUUAAGCAGAUAUGUGUCUUGACAUUUAUGGGUAUAAGGAAUUUCAUGCUCAGUUUUGUAAAGAAGAGCGUGUUCUGGAGUUUUUUUGUAGUUAGUAUUCAAGCUAUUCCAUCAGCCCAUCUGGAUGACUUGUAGAUUCUGGAGAAAGUAGAUUAAACCACAGGGGCCCACUACAGCCUGACUUGACAAAUCUGUUUUCACUGUAGACUGUCUUGGUGUUAUAAUAUGGAAAUGUUACUGCUGGCCAUUCUGUGUGCAGAGAAGUAGUGGGUGUUACGUGGUUUCUUCCUUCCAUUUGUUACUAAAACUCCAAACAUUUAAGUCCUGAUUCUUACCGUAUUUACUGUAAUUGGCUGCAGCAUGUGGUAUAUAGCCAUGCCCUGGAUGGUGGAAGUGUAGUUAGGUGACUACUCUUUGGGCUCAAGAAGUUUACAUUUUGGAUGGGAUAAAUGUGGGGAAAUAAUUCCGGGGAAAAUGACUUCUAAAACAGGAAUUUGCCCCCCCUUUUUGUAUUUCAUAGAAACAUUUGUUGUAAAUGGCCAAAUAUUUUGUCAACAUAUCAAUAUGUCAAAUUUCUGAGGGACGUUUUAAGUCUACAGGUUCAUUCCAUUGGUAUUGUGAAGAGAUUUGCAUUCUGAAAAUAGAUGUAGCAUUCAACCACCAGUAAUGAAAUACAAAGACCUGCCGCCUUAAUUUGUUUGAAAGAGCCCCGCUGGUUUGAGACAAUCUGCUUCAUCUUGAUUCUGCAGCAUUCCAAACUGUGGUAUCCUUGGGGUUCUCUUAACAUUGCAAUGGUGCAGAAGAUUUAAAAUCAGCUGAUGUUCACAAGGAAUAGAGUCACGUGAUGUAUGAAGGGAAACAUAUACACUUCUCUGAGGUUGACAAUAAGCCCUUGUGCUCAUAUAGCCCCAAACUGUGCAAGCAGCGGCGACUCAACGGGUACGCUUUCUGUAUCAGACACGUUCUGGAGGACAAGACUGCCCCCUUCAAGCAAUGUGAAUAUGUGGCCAAGUAUAACAGCCAACGCUGCACCAACCCCAUCCCCAAAUCAGAGGAUCGUCGGUACUGCAACAGCCACUUGCAGGUACUUGGCUUUAUCCCGAAAAAAGAGAGGAAGAAAAAGAAUGAUCCUAUAGAUGAGGUGAAGGUCAGGCACCAGAUGGAUACCAUGGCCUUUAGCCUGACGGUGCCCCCGUUGGCCUUGAAGAUGCCCAACGGGCUGGAUGGAAUGUCCCUCUCUCCACCCGGGGCUAGGGUCCCUCUCCACUAUCUGGAAACCGAGUUGGAAGACCCAUUCGCUUUCAACGAGGAAGAUGAUGACCUAAAGAAAGGGGCAACUGUGAGAAAGAAGUUGCAGAGCAAGUUGGCCCAGAAUCGGCAGCGCCAGAGAGAGACGGAGAUUUUAAAAGUCCGACAAGAGCACUUUAGUCCCCCUCCUGCGCCUUCACAGCAGCAGGCCCCGCCGCAGCUCUCCCACCUGUCACCUUUAGCCUCGUCCUUGAAACCUCCAGCGCCACCGCCACCGCAGGGUGUAGUCUGCAAGUCCCCUCCACCUCCGAGCACCAGCCUACCAAUGCAGGGAGUGGCCCCCACCACACACACUGUAGCACAAGCGAGGCCGCUGCCCCUCCGGCCAUCCAGUAGGGCUCCCGCCGCGGACCCGCCCCGGACUGACCGGGUCCUCAUGAAAGCCACAGCCUUCUCUCCACACUUCUCCUGCAUAAGUCGCCUGCACAGACUGGUGAAACUGUGCACCCAGAAACAUCAGUUGGACACUGAUCUCUUUCCCCAUUUAGGUUUGGACUGGUCCGAAGAGAGCGGGGAGGAACUAGAGGACUCAGAGCAGGCCUCGCCAUACCAGGUGGCAUGGUCCAUCCGAGAAACCCUCAGAUACGAAAGACACACGUCAGAUGACGAUGAUACGGAGAGUAGGAGCUCCAGGGUGACCCAACUUUGCACUUACUUUCAGCAGAAAUAUAAGCACCUCUGCCGCCUGGAGCGGGCAGAAUCUCGUCAAAAGAAAUGCCGGCACACGUUUAGGAAAGCCUUGCUGCAGGCGGCCAGCCGAGAGCCGGAGUGUACUGGUCAGUUAAUGCAGGAACUGCAGAGAGCUGCAUGCAGCCGAACCAGCAUAAGCCGGACCAAGUUGAGGGAGGCGGAGCCAGCAGCGUGCAGUGGAACCGUGAAGGGUGAACGGUGCCCUAACAAAGCCCUUCCAUUCACCAGACAUUGUUUCCAGCAUAUCCUCUUGAACCGCUCUCAGCAGCUUUUCUCAAGUUGCACGGCCAAGUUUGCAGACGGACAGCAGUGCUCUGUGCCCGUGUUCGACAUUACACACCAGACCCCUCUGUGUGAAGAGCAUGCCAAAAAAAUGGAUAAUUUCUUGAGAGGAGAUAGCUCCCGUAAAGUUCAGCACCAGCAGCAGAGGAAACCCAGGAAAAAAACCAAGCCUCCUGCACUUACCAAAAAACACAAGAAGAAGAGAAGGCGUGGACCUCGUCGACCCCAAAAACCCAUUCCCCCUGCAGUACCCCAAGGGAACCUCAGCAUGCCCACCAGCGUCUCACUGCCAGUGGAGGUUGCUCAGAUCCGGAGCCCGUCCACGCCGGAGCUGAGUGCUGAUGAGUUGCCGGAUGACAUUGCCAAUGAGAUCACUGACAUUCCACAUGACUUGGAAUUGAACCAGGAGGACUUUUCAGACGUCCUGCCACGGCUACCUGAUGACUUACAAGACUUUGAUUUUUUUGAAGGAAAGAAUGGAGACCUCCUUCCAACUACCGAAGAGGCCGAGGAACUUGAACGGGCCCUGCAGGCUGUAACUUCUCUUGAGUGCCUGAGUACCAUUGGGGUACUUACCCAGUCAGAUGGUGUGCCAGUCCAGGAGUUGUCAGAUAGAGGAAUAGGGGUGUUCUCCACAGGUACUGGAGCUUCAGGAAUUCAGUCCUUGAGCCGAGAAGUUAACACGGACCUAGGGGAGCUAUUGAAUGGGCGCAUAGUACAUGAUAAUUUCUCUAGUCUAGAGCUGGAUGAGAACCUGCUCCGUUCUGCUACCUUGUCUAACCCACCUACACCCCUGGCAGGGCAGAUCCAGGGGCAGUUCUCUGCCCCAGCCAACGUUGGCCUUACUUCUGCCACUCUGAUCAGCCAGAGUGCACUUGGGGAGAGAGCCUUCCCAGGACAGUUUCAUGGACUACAUGACGGCAGCCAUGCCUCCCAGAGGCCACACCCUGCCCAGCUGCUGAGCAAGGCAGAUGACCUCAUCACCUCACGACAGCAAUACAGCAGUGAUCAUUCACACUCCUCGCCCCAUGGAAGCCAUUACGAUAGCGAGCACGUGCCGUCUCCCUACAGUGACCAUAUCACCUCUCCCCACACAGCAUCUUAUUCUGGUGAUAAUAUGGCAGCUACCUUUUCAGCAGAGAUGCCCAUUAUGGCGCAGCACUUGCUCCCAACCCAACUUGAGGUGCCACUUGGAGGAGUCGUAAACCCCAGAACUCACUGGGGCAAUCUCCCUGUCAACCUUGGAGAUCCCUCUCCAUUUAGCAACCUUCUCGGCGCAGAUGGACAUCUUCUUUCCACUUCCCUAUCCACACCACCCACCACGUCGAACUCAGAGACCACACAGCCUGCCUUCGCCACCGUGACCCCCAGCAGCUCCAGUGUGCUUCCGGGGUUACCGCAGACCAGCUUCAGUGGCAUGGGGCCUUCUGCUGAACUCAUGGCCUCCACCUCUCCCAAGCAGCAACUCCCUCAGUUCAGCGCAGCCUUCGGCCACCAGCUGAGUUCUCACAGUGGCAUUCCUAAGGACCUGCAGCCCAGCCACAGCUCGAUAGCCCCUCCUACAGGCUUCACAGUAACAGGUGCCACAGCUACAAGUACCAAUAAUGCAUCUUCUCCCUUUACCUCCCCUAACUGAGCGUGUCUGUGUGUUUGCAGGCAGGUGGGGAACCUGGUGUUUUCUAUCUUUGUUUCCUGUUUAGCAUCCCUUUCCCCCUUUUCCUAAAGAAGAUUUUAAAAAUAACAGAUGGGGACUAAAGGGGAACUCCCUUUCCCGGUUCAGCAAGCAAGCCUGCGGCGGACCUUGCUUCAGUGUUCACGCGUGCUCCUUCGCACUGGUGCUCAUUCCCUCCUGGCGGGUUCUCUCUACCCCAAUGGUUUCCUUAGUGGCUCAGCACAGUGACUGGCUAGAGUUGAUUUUUAGCAGCAAGUCCUAGAAGUGGAAGAUACCUCAGAUUACCAGUGCCCUUUACUAUUUCCUAGUAUUCAGAUCAAUGCUUUCCAUUCUAUGACCAGGUCUUUACGGAGGUGGUUCUAGAUAGAAUGGUCCUAUUCAUUGAGUUCCUGUGUAAGCGGUAGCGGUGGUGCAUAGCGGGCAGAUCGAGGCUCUGCCUUAGCACCAACUGCUAGACACCACAUGAGGCCAGGAUUCCAUCCCUAAUCGUGAUCAUGUUCAAUUAAAAAGAAAAAAAUUAGUCUUUUGACCGCCUUUGUGUAUGUGUGUGCCCAUGUGUGUGUUUUUGUGCAGGGCAGGAAGCAGCUGUCCCGUUGUUGUUGUUGUUGUUGUUGUUGUUUUAUUUCUUUUUCCUAACGAGCGUAAGGCUCUGACUUCUCCUUUCCCACAUCUCAGAACCCUUAUCAGGUUGGUCAUUCCCCCUGAAUUAGCAAAGUCUCCCGCGCACAGAGGGUGGUGGGCUGAUGAUGCGAAUUGCACAAGCCCGUUCUGCUUGGUGAUCCGAGAAUGCAGAAAGCCGAAUUCACGUCAGGGCCGUGCGGACGCCACAGAAAGCUCAUGUGGAGUGACUGCAGGGUUGCUGAGAUUCUGAGGUCCGGUGGUUACUUUGCCUUUUUAGAUGCGCAUUUUGUUUCUCCAUCCCUCUCUCAUGGAAUACGUUCACGAGAUGUAAUUAUAAAAAGACCGUAUUUUGAUGUGAAAAGCAGGAUAGGUCAGCUAGAUUUGGAAAGAUGGGAUCUCUGAACUCCUUGAUCCGUCUUUUACUUUUGACUUUUUCAUGUUUACAGUAGUGAUUCUUCGGUAAGAUUUGUAAAAUGUUGAAGACACUUGUAGAAUCAAUGUACCAGUUGUGAAGUGAUGUGUAAUAUCUGAAGGAUACACAUUUUAAAGUUUCUUUCAGAGCAGAAUAUGGAAAUUAGACAUAAAUUGUACCCACCCUUUGGUACUUUUAAAAUAAUUGAAGUAGUUAGGUUUAAGUUUGGGGAAAUUUUUUUUAAAGUACCAGGAUUUUAGGGUUAAAAAUCAUAUUGUUUAGUGAGUUGGUGACUAUGAAAUAAAUCUAUGAGGUUUCUUUUUACCUGCCUUCUCCCCUGCCCCCUCCCCAAGGGUGGAACUAGAUUCUAAAGGCAUCUGUGCUCUGCUUUUGCUGAGAAGUUUCACUGUCCCCUGAGAUACCAUUGGCUAUUUGUACCUGAGUCUAGUCUAAUUUACAUAUAUAUAUUUUAAAAGAUGAGUAGAAAGAACAUAUCUAUUAAUGAUGUGAUAUAAUAAUUCAUUUGUCAGGGAAUAUUUGAUCUUAAUUCCUUUUCAAUAGGUAAAGAUUUGGAUGUAUUUUCCUACUUCCUGUAUGUAUUCUCUUUAUGCCAUGCUAAUUCUAACCAGUCCCUUCUUUUGAAAGCUUUUCUUUCUCUGCUUUUUAAAGGAAUGAUGGUGAUCAGCAGGCAUUAUGCAGAUACCACGUGCCUGAGAUUAUGGAGGGGAAAUGUCACAUGACUGUAUGAAAUCAUUAUAUGCCCUAUUUUGUAUUUAUUGAAGUUUUCUUUUUGUGGGCCAAAAAUACAUUUGUAAUAUAUUUAGUUUUUUUUUUUUUAAUCAUGAUAAUUGAUUGGAAGAUUUAUUUUUUAAUAGCUUUGCCUUUUUUGCAGAUUGAGAAAUUUCUAAAUUAUAAAUUAUGUCACAAAGCAAAAUUAUAUUUGGUAUCACCAUAAAUUUCUAUUCUGAAUGGUGAGGACAGAUCAUUUGAGCAUCUCUCACCUGUGAACCUAUGUUAGGAAGCUUUUUUAUUUUAAUGUACUGUAAUGAAAUGAUGACGAGUAGUUACCUCUGCUCAAAAGUAUCACUUCAUUUGCUCUACUCUUUCACUUCCCAUUCAGAUUACCCCUAGAUAACUGUCUGUUCCCAGCAAUCGCUCUAGUCUCCAUCGUGUACUCAUCCAAGGUUGUAGCAGCGCACCGGCUAUCUUAUCUACCGGCCCUUCUCUGACAGCAAAGGGAAAGUCAUGGGCAGUCGGUUUGAACUUCUCUGGCUCUUUGUCCCUCGUGGUAGCUGCUUAAAAUUCUUCAGUUAUCCAAACUGAGUUUGCAGUAAGUUGCACAUUUUCUUGUUCGCAAUUUUCUGUUUUAUGUGCAUUGAAAAGCCCUUUCCUGCUUUCUGGUAAGGAGGCAUAAAAUGAUCAGGAAUGUUGCCAGUUUCAGCUUCACACCAAAAACUUUGAGUCAGUUCAUUUUUGUUUAGAUGCCCACAGGGAUAGCUGAAGAAGGGGCGCCCGUAGGAAGUACCAGUGUAGGUUUGAGGAAUUAGAAAAAAAAAAAAAAAAAAAAAACACAAAAAAACCCCCCAACAAAUUUGUCCUUUCAUUUCGUCUCCUUCAAAACCAACAUCCAAGCUUGCCAUUUGCUUUGCUCUUGCGGCUUCUUGUGAGUCCCUUUUCGGAAGAGAGAAGAACAUCUGUGAACCCAGAGAUAACCCGUUAGGUUUUUCUUUUAGCUAAUGGAGAGCAAUUCUAGUCUGUUAGUAGGUUUGCUGUUCAUGUGUAGAGAAAGGAAUGAAGUGUCUUUUACUCCAGAAAUAUGAAAAUUUGUGUCUUUCAAAUAGCGCUUACGCUAUCAUAAGGCAAUACUGGAAUCAAAAACAAAUUUUAUGUAAGGUCCUAAUUAGGUGGAAACUAGCUUUUAUUCUAGUGUGAAACUCAUGAGAAAUGGUGGCAGAGAAGUUCACUCUGUUUCUGCAGUUCUUUGGGACCAUUUAUAAAGGCCAGUUAGAUUGUGUUAAUGUGAUUUAUUUACAAAGUUGCUGCAGUUCAUGGAUACAUUCUGUACUCAGAGAAUCUGAAUUCCAUUCUAAGGAAUGAUACUCACUGGCUGUGAUCUUAUAGCAUUGAAAAAAAGAUGUGUUUUCUCUCCUUUACUCUCUCUGCAUAAUUGUUAAUAUUAUUUUAAUUAAAGUACUUAAGACAUUGUUUUUUCCUCUGUAAAAAUGGCUUAGUAAUUUGCACAUCUGCGUAGGUUAUGUAGCUAGUAAACAAUUCACAAUAGUAAAUAGCAAUUACACUUAACCCACCAAAUGACAGACUAUGCAAUGGAAAAAUUUUGUAAUUAUCGUCACAUAGCUUAUACGGUGAAGGAUUUUUUUUUUCCCUCUCUAGUAACCUACCAUGUGAGAUAGAACUGCUUUAUAAAUGACUUCCUGAGCAAUUUCAUGCUGGCAGGCACUGCGGUGUGUCUGGUGACCCUCCACGAAAAGACUAUAAUUUAAUGAGAAGCAAAUAGUAGGUAUGGAGAUAAAGUUGGAAAAUGUGGGGUUUUUUUUUUUUUCCCCUUUUCCUUAAAAUUGUAGUUACCGUCUCGAGUGGCGUCAGGCUAAAGAAAGCUAAUACUUUAUCUUUGCCAAAUAAUUAUUUAUAAGAUUUAUUUCUUCAACAAGCCCAGUCUCUCAACUGCAAGCUAAGAAUCCUCACUUUCUGUGACUAACACUAAAGCUUUUCCUUAUGAGAGCUCAUUCGCAGUCCUUGAUCACAACCCAGAGGCAAAGACAGUGCUUUGAUUUGGAAGGAAACAGUGUCUGUGAUCCAUGCCCAAUCUGUAAGCUUUCUUCUUAUGUGAAAGAAUUUAUAUUUCUAUUGACCUGUACCAUUCAGUUUUGUUUUGUUUUAAGUAGGCUCCACACCCAGUGUGGGGCUUGAACUCACAACCCUGAGAUCGAGAGUCACAUGCUCUACCGACUGAGCCAGUCACAUGCCCCUGUACCAUUCGGGGUUUUUACCAGUUGGCCCUCGACUUUUGAGUCUAUGUAGGUAACUCCCACGCCAUCAGCUCAUGUUACUUGCCUGCAGUCCUUCCUGCGCCCUGGCAUCAUGGGGGUGGUGGUGGCGGUCGUAGGCUGCAUCAGCAAUGUUUGUGUGAGGCAAUCACCUUCUCUGCAAGUUAGUUCCAUAGGUGGUUGUGGAUUGGUAUUGCAAAAAGAUGAGGAUAUUCAUAACACUAAACUCAUUAUUUAAUAGGUUUGGAAUUCAUUAAAAAAUUUUUUUUAGGUAUCUAGUUUUCAGAUUCUUCAGCCUCUUUCGUUUUAGCCUUUUAACAUUCUACUAAAUUCUGUUUUUAAUCUGGUAUAUAUAGAUGAAUCUAAUACAGUGGUCUUCUGCAUGGUCAGCAGAACUCUGCAGGUGAAUGAGGCGAUUUCAAGGAUUCCUUAGAAGAAAAUGUAGUCAUACUGAAUAGUCUUCAUCUGUAUCUCUUUCAUCACCAACACCUACGUCGUUCCAAGGAUUUUUUCCUGAUGAGAAAUACACUUCUUGGGGGUGAGGUAGGAGGUGGAAAUAUAUAUGUCAUAGAACAUAGAUUUUUUUUUUUUCCCUCUCACAAUACAUUGGAAAUAUGGAAUCUUCACUGGCAUUCUGUAGAAAGGUUAAACAAUGACUUCCUAAUAUCUGGAGCCUCAUGAGCUCUCCAAUAUCCUAUUCUGGAGGGAACCAGAAUCCAUGUUUAGUAGAUUAAAGUAACACUUUAAAUGCUAUCUUUCAGAAGAUUUGAAAUAAAAUACCAGUGAAGGACCUAUUUGGGUAUCUUAUCUGUUAAGCAUUUCCCCCUGACCAGUGAGUUGGGAAAGAAAACCUAAAAUACAAGUGAAUAAUUAUGUCUCCUAAUAGUCAGUGUCAUUAUGCAAACACCAUGGGGCCGACUUGGAGAGCCUCAUUUCUAAAUAGCAAAAAUUCUCUUUCCCUUCAGCUCUAAUUUCUGUUAGCAUCCCUCUCUCUGCACUGUGAUACAGAGCCAAUAAAGGAUGGGUGGCAUUUCAGAGAGAGAGCAAAUUUGGUAUGGCUUUCUGUACCAGAAACUAGGUUCCCACAUGUUGGGAAUGUUUGACUACUUUGGCAGAGUUUUGGGGGAUCUAAAGUUGAGUCUGAAAAACGGUGUUGUAAGAGAAAAGCUGUCUGUUAGUAAGCUCUGUUUGGGCAGCCCAGCUCUCCUUCCCUUUUCCCUCCUGCCUGCUGGCCUCAGCGCCCCCCCCCCGGUCGUCAAGUCUACACACGCACCCCUGAUCUGCCCUGAUCCUGGCCUAAGAGUAAUAAAAGCCGCCUCUUCGAUUUGGUUUGGUUUUGUUUGGUUUUUGUUUGGUUUUUUUUUUUUGAGCUGGGGACCACGGAAGUAAGCUCUGUAUGCACCCAAAGUUCCCCUUGGAAAAUGUUCAACAUGCAGUGCUGCAAAAUGCCACACCAUUGCUUUUGCUUGGGGAAUAGACUGAUUUGCCCUGAACUGACUCCACCCUGCAUCGUUAAGGCCCCGUCGGCUCCGGCACAUGAGUGUGCAAGUGAUGGGAAGUUGGAUGCUUGUGACAUUGUCUUCAUCUGCUCGGAAGGGUUGAAAUCAGUCCCUCUUCACAGUGAUUACUCUUCUCACUGUAUAGUGUUGAGUAUGUCUCAGGGAUUCCUUGUGGAAAUUAGGGCAGUUUUUAAAGUAAGAAAAUAGUUUUAAAAAGAAACUAAAGGUGACUCAUGAUUAAAGAGAGCGCAAGAAAGAGAAAACGUUCAGUUUCGUAGCCCACCGUGUCUUGCGUAGGACUUUUUUCCUUUCUCCUUCAGGCUCUCAUCUCUGCUUCAGCAAACAGAAUCCUUUCCCAUCACGCACAGCUUUAAAAGUUUUAUUUAAAAAUUUCCUUCCCCAAUGAGCUUUCAGAAUACUUAUUGUAGAUUUUAAGAGAAAAGGUAUAUUAAUUUAUACUAUUAACAUCACCUCAUAAAUUAUAAGUUUUAUACUAAAGCUGUAUUGAGUGUAAUGAAUUAUGUUGCCUAUGUGUUUUAAUAGCUUAAAAAAUUAUAUAUGAGCUUUUUUUUUUUUUUUUUUUUUUGACAAACUAGUGAAGCACCUUUUUACACUGGAUCUCUGCCGUGUCAAGGUGUAUAGCUAUCCUUUGCUACCUUGCAGAUAUAUAAAAUAAAAGGCUAUCCUGGGGCCUCAAAAUGUAGUACACCUUUAGACCAUUUAUUACUGCUCAUUAGAACUGUUGGGAAUUGUGUUUCUUUAGUAAAUGAUCUGUGGUUUACACUUAAGAUGGCUAGAAGCUUAGUUACAGGGUAAAUAGAAAUACAUAGAUCAAGCAAAACUCCCAACUACUGUAGCUGGAAUUUGUAAACUAAGUUUUUAAGACCUCUUUUAUUUCCUAUGGAUUUAUUCUUUAAUUUACAGUUUAUUCUGUAAGUUGGGAAGUAAAAUAGAGAAAAUAAUAAAUCUAGAUGUUCUCAGUGUCUUAUUCAGGAACUUUUUAUCCCUCCUCACUAAGGAAUUCCCACUGUGACUUAAAAAUAGAAUUAAAUUACUUGUGUGCAUGUCUCUGUUUGUGGUUUUACACACAUGCAAAAAUAUACAUUGGGGGCACGUGUGUGAGAGAGAUGAAUGUGUGCUUAGGUGAAAAUAGAGGAAGGUAACAGAAUGUAUUGUAGAAAUACGAUUUAUUUAGAUGAGGCUAUCAGAGUUAUUUUCUCAUUGUCUCUGUAGUAUAAAUAUACCAAAUUCUUCAUUAUGCUUUCUUCUGUUAAAAGGCUAGCUCUGAUAUCAUGUGCAUUUUAUCUUAACCUUUUGAUUGACUUAUAUUAUGCUAUGUUUUUAAAAUGACAUGAGAAACAGGUUCUAAGACCAGCCUCUCACUUUUGAGCAUAAAAAUAUGAGAGAGAGAGAGAGAGAGACAAACCAGACAUGAGCUGUGUUUAUCUACUGGGGUGAUGGGACCAGAUCAGUUGAAACAACUUUUCUUUAUGUUAAUAAUACAUUUCUUCUUAUUCUGAGUUAGAAAAUCUUAUUGGUCAUCUUUUCUUGGUGAAGUUAAGAAAAUUACAGGCUUUUUAUAAAUGCCAUUUUUUGAAGGGACUGCUUUGUUGGAAGAGUUGGGGGGAUCAUUUCACCAUGCAUAUUUCAAAGCUGGGAUGAUUUCAGUUAUUUCUAAAAAUUAAAAAAAAAAUUACUCAGUUGUGCUAUUACUUAUGAAGUUAGCGUGCCCCUGACCUCUGUAUUUUGGUUAUAAGAACAAUUAUGCUACCCUGGACUUUUACCUGAUUCAUACGGAAUUAAAAAAAGAUACAUUCCUAUAUUUUGAGUUUUGUCAUUUUGCUAUACAUUCAUUACUGGAGUAUCUGGUGGUCUAACAUAGCCAAAACUAAAGUUGUCAUUAAAUGCUCCGAUCACAUUUAUUUUUAGUAUCAAAAGGUCAUGUACUUUGAUAUAUGUCAAAACAACUUCUGAGAAUACACCAGAAUUUGUAGUUCUCUUUGAAGCCUCAUUCAUCUUAGGUAUGGCCAAGACCUAGGAAAGCUCCACAUCGUUCCUUUUAUAGCUGUAUUUCUGCAUCUCCCAGUUUCAUUCACUCUUGCUUUAUGGAUUUUUUAAAAAUCUGCAUAUUUCUUGUACAUAUGCAUGCAAAUGAAAGAAGGGAGUUUGUAUUGGUGCCAUUUCUCCCUUCAGUUACUGGUUAAUGGGAUUUGCUAGAAUAAAUUCCCCCUGAUCGAAGGGUGAAAAUAGACCCUUUUGUGUAUAUCUGUACAGAGAUGUGUAUAUGGGAUGUGGUGGCACUUUGCUGAAUGUGAACUUGCCUUGUCAAUUGAAAGAUUGAAAAGUAUUAUGUUUAUUUAUACAUUUGUAUAAAUCUAUAUAUACACGUAUGUAUAUGUGUGUGUAUAGAUAAAGCUAUAUACAUAUAUUUCCCUAAAAAAAUGUGUGUGUGUAAUAGAUAAACAGCCUUUGUUAAGCAAGAUUAUACGUCUAUGGAAAACUCAAUUAUUCUGUAAGCAAGAGGAGGUGACAGUCUGGAGUCCAUUAUCAGUGCAUACCAAGAUGGAAGUCCUUUGGAUUAUAGUCUUGUUUAUGGUUAUUAUUAUAAGUGAAUUCCUGCUAGAACUAUUCUUACUUGCCAGUUCCACGAUUCUUUUCACUGCCUUCUCAAUCUCUCAUCACACUUCAUUGUAUUUUUUCCCCUUUAUGAUGUCCUCUCUAGCCAGAAGCAUUUGGCUUAAGCAUAGUUCAGUAACUUCUCAGUCGUUUCUUUUAAAGAUCUUUCUCUCUGAAAUUUUCCAGAAGAUGUCAGUUUGGGUAAUAUUUUGUAUAGUAAUUUUGAGGAUUGGGCAUUCACCUUUGUCUCAAAAACAAAUAGAAACCAACAUUCAAACAAGACUAAUUUUAAAGGUUUACCUAGAUAAUCUGGGGACAUUUUACUCACAUUGGAAAAGAACGUAAUUAUGAUUUUAGUAUUGAUAACAGUGUGAGGUUUAUUUUCUCAUUUAUUGUCAUCAAUUUGUCAUUUAAAAAUGUGGUUUACUUUCUGUCUUCAUCAUAAAUUUACCAUUUUCAUUUUAACGGAAAGCAUACUAAGUCACACAUAAGCCUCUUGAAUUCUAGAACUAACUCAUUUUACUCAUGAUGACACUGCUUCAACGAAUCCUUACGUGAUGACUUUUGCUGUAGUUCCUUUUGACUUUUCACGCUUGUGACAUUGUGUUUUACCUUUGCUGCAGCUCUCUCGCAUAAACUGGCAUCCCCUAUAUAUUGUGCCUUUAAAGCUCUUAUGCACACACAAAGUGUAUAUAUACAUGUCAGAGCAUGUGUACAUAUACUUUCGUAUAUACUCACACAGUAUGUCUCGUAUAUAUUGUGGGAGUGAAUAUAUAGAUACUCAAAGGCAAUGGAAUGUUGCUUCCUAGAUAUAUAUGUAUAUAAAUCGUGUUGAUAUACUGUAUAUACACAUGUAUAUGUGUGAGUUUUAAAUGGCAAUCUUCUACAUUGAGCAAAAUGCUGCCCCUACUGGAAUGUGGUCCACUGCCAUGGCCGUUGUAUGUAAUGAUUUAAAAAUACAUUAUCGAAGAUUAUUUAAAGAACAUUUAAAAGUCUCAUCUAAAGACAUCCACACAUUAUUUAUUUAUCUUCCUUUUCCUUUUUAUUGUUACAUUUUGUUCUAACUGAAAGGGAGACUGUCAUUUUUUAAAAAUGCCAUCUGUCCCAUGGGAGAAAGAGAGAGAGCUGGGGAUUCACUUGAGGAACCCUGUGCAUUUUUCCUCCCUCCAAAAUGGAGAUGUACCACAAACCAGCCGGUUUAUUUCAGUUAUAAAGCAAUCCUAACAUGUCCAUUAGUGUAUGUCAACCACCAUCUUACUAGAUCAACUUAAUUCACCAAUCUGCCUCUUCCUUUCAUUAAUAAAUAAUGAUCAUUGAGAUCAUUUUGCCUGGGGGAAGUUAACUACUCUCUAGCUGCAGGGAAAUAUAUCACCUAAUUGUUAUUCUGCCUUGUUCAAAAUUCAACUUUGAGAGAAGGCAGCUCUCAUGAAGCUGUCUUAAGCAUGUUUUGCAUUUAUUUAGUGAAAGGUCUUCCCAGACGUCUUUUUUUUGUUGUUUUUUGUUUUCUUUUUAAAAGAACUCGAAGUCUGCAUGCACUUGCCAUAGAUUUAAUUCCUAGUCCCCACAGCUUCAGGUGUUUUCAUUAGUGCAUCAAUUUGACACACUGAAAGACUAUGAAGAAAAAAAAUGAGAUUUUAUUUUGUGAUGAGUUGGCAGCAGAUUACAUUUCAAGACCUUACAGAGAAAGGAACAUAGAUGGACAAUCCUAAAUUUUAAGAUGUUACCAAAAAAAACAGUGAAGGAAGAGUACCCCCCCUGAAGACCAGAAUGGAGAGGUUGGGGUCUGAGUGAUUUCACAGAGUAGUUUAGCUGGAACUUGAUAUCAGGAGCAGCCUUUAACAAAGCCUCUUGGCAGUUGUAUGGUACUAACUGGAGUACUGAGGUGUAAAUUGAAACCAAGUUGCAGUGGGAAAUCAAGGUGAGGUGGUAGCUUCUUUGGAUCCAGUAAGGGACAGACGCAUUGCACAGUUUUAAAAUCUCUUCUUACAAAGUAACUGCACGGUAGCAAGGACUAGCAGUUCUCAAAGCCCUUCUUUUUCAGUGUUCUCAUUCACCUUGGCACACAAGUAUGUUUAACAGGCCAUACAUUAAAAAUAUUUACAAAAAAAAAAAAACCUGCUUAAAGGGAACUUACAAACCGAGAAUCUUGUCUGUUUUUACAUGAAUAGUGGCUAGAAGCUUAGUUGUAUGCACAAAAGCUAAGGGGCCACCCGUUUCUGCACAGACUAUAGCAGCAAGAUGAGGAGGUUGGCAGGUUUGGUUAAGAGCCCCCCAGUUGUGACGGAAAGGCGUGUCUGUGGCAUCGAGUGUGGUGUUGCUUGGGGGGGGGACCACAUUUUGGGAGGCGAUGGGCUGUUGGUUUGUAAUUUCCCUUUAAACAUGAAGAGAUGGCUCACAUUUUCCAUAUAUAUCUCAAUGAAUGUACUGUAUUACUGUUUUAAAAAUUUGAUGAAAUAAUAAUGGAUUGGUCUCCUUUUGUUAUCUGGUCCUUGUUUAAUUUGUUUAAGGGUUUUUGUAUACAAAAGUUUACAUUUUUAUGUAUAUUUUUCUUGUGUAAAAACUGAUGUAAUAUGUGUAUAAAACACUGUAUGUAUUAUCUGUAUAUAGUGUGACAAAAUGAUUUUUCUUUCUUUCUUUUGGAUGUAUUAAUAAAUCUUGCUGUGAAGUA